AUGGCGCAACUGCGAUCGAAGCGGAAGGCACCUGGUGCUACCAUGCCAGGUGUGACCAGAAUACCCCACACCAAAAGCAUAGAUCGACUGACUCGAGGUGCCAUCAGAAGAGAACCUCAAUCCGAUUUCCUUUCGAUAGCUGGCCUUAUUUCUAACCAUCUUGCCAAGUCCGUUCUGUUCGCAAUGCGCAGGGGAAGCAUCGAAAUGCAUCUACCCCGAGAAGGGUUACCAUUGGGAUACUUGAACCAAUUGGAACAGAGACUGGCGGAGACGGAGUCAGCCCUUUACGGAGCUUUGAUGACCAUUCGUUCAAUGGGACAAGCAACAGCAGCACAAGCCACAGCAAAGACGGAGACCUCCCUCAAACACAAGGCAGCUCGCAUGGAAGAGUGGUCUCAGCUGCCCCUCCGAGAAUGGCCCGAUAUGGAGCGUUGGCUGACGGCCAUGUCCGACCGGUUUACCAUUGAGCAGCCAAGUGAUAUACACCGGGACGUGGCUACACGAUUCCGAGGACUCCUUCCCAUGAUAGAUUGCAGAUUUUGGGAGAUCCUCAUUCUGGACAACUCUCAUAUGCAUGGCAACCUAAGAGACAACACGGUCAGUUCGGGGAGAUCAUACGAUGCUCAUCAGUCCCACCCCGGGGUGAUAGCUUCGUCGGUAUAUCUUGGACACCAGGUCGCGGUGGAACCUGAAUCCGGCCCGUCACCAUGUAGUACCCGAGAUGGAAUAACUAACGUUGAGGAUGCUGUCGGUGUUUCAGUGGAUGCAGAUGCAGAUGCGGAUGCAAGAGCUGGGGUGGAGACGGGGUUGAGCAAGGCCGAGGAGCUGUCACACAAUAAUCCCAGCCUUUACUUCUAA